AUGUCAUUUAAUAAUUUUUCUUUAGAAAAAGAAGCUGCAGAUGUUUGUAAUAAUACAUGCAAGCCACCAUUUUUGUAUGAGUUAGAGCCAGAAGAAGGUCGUAAAGCUGUUGACAAGGUUCAAGAUGCUCCUUGCUAUAUGUAUCCAUGUAGAGUUGAAGAAAGAAUGUUUGAAUUGGUCAAAGAAUUAGGAAUGGUUAAAACUUUUAUUUUGACACCAGAAAAGAAAACAACUGAUAAACUCCCAAUUGUUUUUUACAUCCACGGUGCUGGUUGGGUUUUUGGUGGUUUACAUUCGCAUAAAAAAUUAGUACAAGAAAUUUGUAACCGUACCAACUCUGUUGUUAUAUUCCCAGAGUACUCUUUAAGUCCAGAGGUUAAAUAUCCUAUUGCAAUUGAACAGUGCUAUGCAGUUCUUGUAAAAGUAUGCAGAGAGAUGGCAGAUAAAGAAGGCUGGGAUACAAAUAACAUUGUAAUUGCAGGUGAUAGUGCAGGUGGUAAUAUGGCAACUGUUCUUACAAUGAUGGCAAAGAAGCGUAAUAACUACCCAAUAAUAAAAAGACAAGUGCUGUACUAUCCAGGUAUUGAUGCAAGAAUGGAUACUGGUAGCUACAAAGAAUUUGCCAAAGAUUUCUAUCUUUCAAAAGAUGGUAUGAAAUGGUUUUGGGAUGCCUAUCUAAACAGUGAUGAAGAUAAAAAUGAAAUUUUAGCCUCACCUGCCAGAGCAACACCUGAUGAUGUUAAAGGUUUACCUGAAGCAAUUAUUAUGAAUGGUGAAGCCGAUGUACUCCGUGAUGAAGGUGAACAAUAUGCAAGAACUCUUCGUGCUGCAGGUGUACCAGUAACACAUAUACUUUUCCAAGGUAUGAUCCAUGACUUUGUAAUGCUUAAUUCAUUGGACAGCACUAAAGCAUGCCGUGCUGCAAUGGAUGUAUCAAUUGACUUUAUUAACAAAUCAAGAGAAACUCCACAAAAACCAAAGCAAUAACAAUAAAUAUCCUUAAAUAAUUAUAUUAAAAAAAUAAAUAUAACUAACUAAUAAAUAAUACUAUUUAAUCUACAUAUCAU